CAACUUUUUUGGUUGCCCUGCAGUGCCAGCAUCAUAAAAUAUCCAUCAAUUAACUGCCCAUCGAAUCACCUGCCUGAAGUGUUCGAGUUAUGAAUAAAUAGCGUCCGGUAACUCACACACGAACUAGAAGACGAGCGAGCCUCUCGCGAGUAGCUACUCCGCGCGACCACCAUCGCCAUCAAUGACGCCACACACGAAUGUUUAUCAGUACCAUAGAGAUAUGCUACGCCAGGUUGGCUUCGCAUUCGCACACCGAGCCGACCGGCCACGUGCUUACCGCGCACCUAUACCUAUCGGUUCAAUGGCUCCUUAUGUGUGGUUAUGUCUGUUUACCAACAAAAAGUAGUCUUCUUAUUCGCGCACCGGGCGGCGGCUGAGGCGAUCGAUUCUAUCGAUUCAUAAAGUGCUCUGCCAGUCGUUCGGCAUCAGUGUUCCAGUGAGCAAGCAUCUAGUAGCAACAGCAGCAGCAGUAGCAGUAACACCGAUAAUUUAGAAGGUGGGAAGCAGCUAAUCAGUCAAGCGAAACCGCGAAAUCCGUUAGCAUUUACAACCAUGACGUCAUCGCGCGACGACGAAAGGUUCAUUUUAUACGGUGGACCUGAUCCGGUGGAACAUCUGCAAGAUGGAUCACUUGGAGCUAUGAUUGUUAAAGAAUUGAGGGAGCAUCCGGACAACGUCGGAUUGAUUGACCCCGAGAGUGAAGUUCAGCUUACGUACCGGCAAAUCUUGGAGCAAUCGGCACGAGUGGCAUCCGGUUUAGCCAAACUAGGGCUCACCAAGUCCGAUAAUGUGGCUAUCGUUAGCGAGAAUUGCUUGGAGUACUGCUUUGCCAUGUUCGGAUCCAUAUUCGUUGCUGCACCACUUGCACUCUUGAACCCGGCCUAUGUGGAAGGUGAACUUCAGCAUGCAAUCAAUUUAUCGCAGCCCAAGAUAAUUUUCGUCUCGCCUAACGUACUAGAAAAAAUUGUCGGCGUGAUUCGGAAGAUGCAGCUCAACGUAAAGGUUGUGUUGUUUGGAGAUCACCCCAAGGUGUCCGCUUAUACGGAAGUAAUGAGAUUCUCGAAAUUAAUCGAUCCUACUUCUCCCGCUAGUAAUUACACGCCUGAGGCGGUAGAUGUUCAAUCUCAUGUAGCGUUGAUUGUCCUAUCCUCUGGAACUACUGGCCUACCGAAAGGCGUCCAGCUAACUCAUAUAAAUAUUAUGACCACCGUGGCUCAUUCUAAAGAGGCAAGCAAAAUAUUAGAACUACCAGAUCAAUUGGUUGCCCUAGCAGCUACUCCGCUAUAUCAUGUGGUAGCCGGAGUCGGCCUCAUCAACAUGGUCACCAACAAUUGCCGCUGCGUUCUAAUGCCAAAGUUUGACGUACACUUGUUCCUCAACAGUAUUCAGAAGUACAAGGUGAACCUCAUGACGGUGGUUCCGCCACUGAUGGUGUUUCUAGCGAAGCACCCCAUAAUCGACAACUAUGACCUGUCUUCACUGAUGACGCUGAUCUGUGGUGCCGCCCCGUUGAGCAAGGAAAUCGAAGAUCAGGUCCGCGAGCGGUUGGGAAUCGCUUUUAUCCGUCAAGGCUACGGAAUGAGUGAAACUACGCUUGGAGUGCUGAUGCAGACUGGUUUCGAAAACAAAGCCGGUUGUGUUGGGAAAGUUCGACUGGGGCAGUGGGUUAAAGUGAUUGAUCCCGAGACGGGAAAGAUCUUGGGACCAAACCAACGCGGAGAGCUGUGCUUCAAAGGCUCCCUUAUCAUGAAAGGCUACGUAGGGAAGGAACAUGCCAUCGAUAAAGAUGGCUGGUUGCACACCGGGGACAUCGGUUAUUAUGACGAAGACGAAGAUUUCUUCAUAGUCGAUCGCAUAAAAGAACUCAUCAAAUAUAAAGGCUUCCAGGUGCCUCCGGCAGAACUUGAAGCAAUCCUUCUCAAACAUCCUAAAGUGAAAGACGCCGCAGUGAUUGGAAUUCCAGACGAAAGGGUUGGUGAGCUGGCUACGGCAUUUGUCGUUAAAGAGGAUGACCAAGAAGUAACAGGUGCAGAGAUAGUUCAAUUUGUUGCCGAGCAGGUGUCACAGCAGAAGCAGUUGCACGGAGGAGUUCGUUUCAUCGAUGCCGUUCCGAAAACUUCUACGGGGAAGAUAUUGCGGCGGGAGCUCAGAGAGCUUGCUAAAAAUACUCUUUCUAAAUUGUGAGAAGCUGAUGCAAAGCAUGCGACAGUUGGGUGUGGGUUCAAUGUAAAUAAAUUUUGUUGUUUUUUU